UUCCACUUCUCUCGGGAACCGGAAGAGGCACGUUUUCCAAGAUGGCGGCUUCCGGUUCUUGAAAAAAAGGACUAUUCCUUCAGGGAAGGAAAACAAAGCGGGAUGGCGGCCCCGUUGCGGGUGCUCCUGCUUCCUUUCCGGGACUUUCCGGCCGAGAAAAGGAGCCGGGCCAAGCUGAGCCGAGGAGCCCGAGGAGUGCUGGCGAGCGUGGCGGAGACGGGGCUGCUUGUGUCCGGUGUGGAGGCCGAGGAGCUGCCCUCGCGGCUGCCAGGCCGCUGGGAAGACUUUCUGUGGGAGAGUGUUGAAGAGGAGGAUCCCACAGCGGAGGGACCCAGGCUGCUUGCUCUCAGCAAGAGCCACGACCUCUUCGUAUAUGAAGUGACUCUGGAGGCUGGAAAGUGUGAAGCCGCACUCUGGGAAAGUCUUCCCAAAGACAGGCUGAAGACGCUGGUUGCUUCUAAGGAUAAGAGUUUCUCUUCGCUCUCCUCAUUGAGGCUGCUGUCAUUUGAAAAUUGCACAGCUUUAGUGUUGCUCAACAACGUUAUUCUCUCGCGCCUUUCUUUUCCUGCGGGAGAACCAGAGGCCAUAACCCUGAAGGACUGCUUUGCUCUCGAUCUGUCACCACAAACAUCAGAGAGAAUAGUAGAUGUAACCCUUUGCAGAGGCAUUCUCUUCUUGUUAGACAAGUCCGGUUGGAUCUAUUUCUUUGAUGCUACGGAUGGGAUGUACCUGGCCUAUGUCGAUAUCUCCCUUUAUCUAUCAGAAGGGCAAGAGGAGAAGAGUACAGACACACUGCCUCCGCUUAUCCGGUUAAAUAUAUCUCAUGAUCUUAGUGUUGCUGUGAUUGCCAGUUGCUGCAAUUCUGUUGCAUCUAUUGACCUCAAUUUAUACUUCAGACAGUAUCCUGACCACUUACUUUUCAAGAGAAAUACGGACAGCUGCCCCAUAAAGCCAUGGGAAGGAACUGAUGAGGAUGACCUCCGAAGUUCAGAGUACAGCAUGGCAUUUGUGCAAGAAGCCUUCCGAACAGACAGGUCCUGGAAGGCACAUUUGUUGUCUUUGCGCAACAAAACAGAAAGGUGCUAUUCUCCCUAUUUGCUCCCCGAGAGUUCCUUGCUUUGGUACCAGUCCUUUCUGCACCCAGAGCACCCAGACCAUGCAACUCGUGAACUUUCUGAGACAUCCCUUCUUCAAGAUGCUGCUUACGUCCAUUCAGAUUCAAGAGGGAAGGGAACGGCAACCAGAAGCCAAGGAGAUAGACAGUGGAAAAACAUAUAUUCGGGAGAUCCAGAAGAUGAGGUGGAACUUGAGUGCAAGUCGGUGACAGGCUUCAGUGCGUUGUUUACAAUCUCGAGCGCGAGCAAAGGACUGACUGUUGUGCUGUGGGAUUUGGAGACUCGGAAGAUGGUGCAUUCUCAUGUGGGGAAGAAUGCCUGUUUUGUGGAAUGUAGCAGAGAGGAACAGUUGUGCCUCAUCCUUUCAGAGCCUGGUCUCUCCUUGUUUCUGUUUGGCUUGACUCAAGAGGAAUUUUUGAACCGCCUGAUAAUCCACGGAAGUGCAGGCACUGUGGAUUCUCUUUGCCGUCUCAAUGGAUGGGGAAGGUGCUCCAUUCCUAUACAUACUUUGGAGACAGGUCUGGAGAAUCGUCAGUUGGACACCGUGAACUUCUUUCUAAAGAACAAGGAGAACCUUUUCAGCCCUUCGCCAUCUUGCUCAGAGCAAGACCAGCCAGCAAGCGUCGGGACGGAACUGUACUUGAAAAGCAUGAAGGAAUUGAGGCCAGCUUUGGACCUGUUGUGUAUGGCAAUCCAAGAAAGUGAUUUGGAAGCGCAGAGCAAGCAUUUCUCCGAGCAGUUGCUGAAUCUCACCCUGUCUUUUCUCAACAAACAGCUUUGUGAGAUUUUUGUGCAUCGAGAAGAACUGGAUGACAAUCUGAACAGAUGUGUUGAGAUGUUAACCAGCUACAUCACCAGACUCCGGACAUUCAUGAUCAAGUUCCCUCCCAAGACAACCAGUGCUGUGACCCUGCUUUGUGAUCCGGAAGAGGAUGUGCCCCCAAUAGAGGAAAGCCAUGCGUGGGAAGCAUUGGAUACAGAGCGGAUUGUUGCUGAAGCCAUAUUGAACAACACGUUGCCAGAGGCUCAGACUUUUUUCCGUCUGACUCGCAACCCUGCGCAGCAGCUCAAGGAGCUGACCCGAAUUGGGCUUGAUUUGGUUUAUAAAAGCCUGUUGAAAUAUGACAUAAAGGAAGCUUCCAGGCUCUUAAGGAACAUGGGUUUCAAUGUGGUGGAGCAACUGCACAGAAUAUGCUUCUAUGUGACUGAUCAGCAUGUCCGGGACUACUUGGUGGAGAGGCUUCGAGAGGAAAACGGCUUCUCUGAUGCCGAGAAGGAAAUGAUAGACUUUGUGCAUCAAGUGGAAGGUGUUUAUUCCGGAGCUUUUGAGGAGAAUAGAGAGAGUCUAGCCCAGUCCAGGCAUUGGAGGAGAGAACAAGACCUUUCUAUUCACACUGAUGCUUUAGACACCCUUUUGACUUGCGACGAAGAUAAGGUGCGCAAAGGAGAACAUAAGCUGAUGCUCAACUGGACCCAAUGGUGGGAUCAGAUUGCGCAAGAGAUUAUUCUUCUCCCCAAACGAUCUCUUGAAGAACUCAAGUCAUGUAAUCCGGAGGUGCUGUGGAUGUAUCUGUCCUCUUGGCAGGACUGGGCAAAUAUUAGUUCAUGGAUGGCAGACUCCCAGCAGCAAGAAAGGAACGCAAAAUGGCCCCAGCUAACUAUCGAGACCAUAAACCAGAGCAUGUUGUGCAGUCCCUACAUGCAAAAUGAAAUCUUGGAUAACCUGGCCAGAAAUGGGACUUUUGUGCCGACAGAGCUGGACAGUUUUGAAUGCCUCCUGCAAAGGCUGACCCUUGUGGGAGGAGUGAUGCAGAAUCCACACCCGGUCCCACGAUACACAUCUCCAGAUGGCAGGGAUUUCCAUGGCCGUUUCAUCCUCUACUGUUUAGAGCAUGGGCUGGAUCAUCUUCUCUACACUUAUUUGGACUACUAUAGUUUAUAUCCUUCAAACUGCUCUGUUUUAAACGAUAAAGCCUUGCACGAAGCUCAUCCGUGGUUCGAAUUUCUAGUUCAGUGCCGGAGCAUUGCCAGCAGCCCUGAAGAUGCAGCAUUGAUUUUCCAGGCCAGCCUGGCCAAUGCCCAGAUCCUGAUUCCUAGCAACCAGGCCAGCGUGAGCACUAUGCUACUGGAGGGACGGACUUUGCUGGCUCUUGCCACAACCAUGUACAGCCCAGGAGGGAUCGACCAGGUGGUUCAGAAUGGAGACCGAGGGGAGAAGGUGGACACGCAGCUGUUCCGCAUGGCCCUUGCUCCAUAUCCGAAGCUCAGGGCAGCCCUCUUUCCCCAGUGCGCUGCCCAUGGACUCCUCCCAUCAGACAUCUCCCUCUACCACCUUCUUCAGUCAUUAGCUCCGUUUGACCCUGCAAAAUUGUUUGGAUGGCAGUCAACCAAUGUGCUUGCCAUUCCUGAUAUUGGUAGCGAUCUCCCCCAUUUCUCCUGCCCGGCUCUUGUCAACAAAUACGCCGUUAUUGAACGCCUGGAUUUCUCCUACUAUUUGUGCCACGAACGCCCUUCUUUCGCUUUCGGGACUCUUAUAGUUCAGCAGCUGGCGAAAAGCAAGACCCCAAAGCAGCUGAUCCAGCAAGCAGGUGCCGAGGCCUACGCUUUAGCCCUCUCUUCCUUCUACGUCCCUUCAGUUGCUGCGGCCUGCGCCUGCUUCCUGGAGCUGCUGGGGCUGGAGAGCCUCAAACUCCGGGUGGACGUUAAGGCAGCAGGGGUCAUCUUGAGCUUCAUGUCCAGAAGGGAGGAGCCUCAGCACAACUCCAUCCGGCAGUCCUUGGUUGAAAAGCUAGCGGAGCUGGCUAGUGGACAGAAGACUGCAGCGGAGGAGCUCCUUCUGUGCUUAGAGGAAGCUGUCUGGGAUAAAAUUGAGCACCAGGAGAUAGAAAAGACGUCCAGUGAUGCCAGAGAGCAGUGGUCUUUGGUGAUACAGUUCUGCAGGCUCCAUGACAUCAAGCUGAGCACGUCGUACCUGAAAGUGUGCGCCAGGGCCAACGAGUGGCUGCAGUUUCUCAUUGAGGCUCAAAUGUACAGCUACCCUCCAAGUGAGGUCGCCCCCCUCCUAGGGGAGUUCCCCCAUCCUCUGCAGGAUCACAUGCGACUGGCCCUGGAGGCUCCACAGCCCUCAGAUGGUCCUCGCCUGAGAGACCAAGGGACCAGCACCAACCCGCUCAAGCAGGAGCCCAAGCCGAGCUCAGGGGAGCUCUUCCACAUUUUGCUGCGGUGCCAGGAACAGACGCAGCCCUGGUGCUACCUUCUAGGCGAAGCGGUGGAGCACCAUGCGCCAGUCCUGAGUAUGCUAGCUGCAUGUUUUCAGGAUGCCCCCGUUAUUCAUUGUCUCUGUGUUUGGAUCAUAACAUCCUUGGACUGCUCCACCACGGCCGAAGUAACGGACCACAUAGAAGGCCGCCUUGAGGACCGCCAGUGGGAUCUUAUGGACUUGUCCACUCUGUGGCAGAUGCUUCUAAGGAGGUGCAAGAGUCGAACACUUCUCCAUGGCUUCCAGUUCUUCCUGAAGGAUUCCCCUCUGAAGACGGUGCUCGAAGUGUAUGAGUUAUGCAUGGACUACAAAAAUUACAGCGAAGCCCAAGCCAAGCUCCUUGCGUUUCAAGCCAGCCUUUCGGAGCUUCGAGCUGCCCCUUUGCAGUCAGAUGCCCCGCUGCCAGUGCCGUGGUUGGAGUCGCAGGCCUCAUUCCUCCUUGGACUGAUGCUGCAGCAGUGCAGGACUGAGUACGAACUGGGGAAACUCCUCCGGCUUUUUGCAGAUGCCAACACGGUUCUUCCUCACGGACCCAACAUGAGGAAGCUGAGCGCCCUGAGCGACAUCUUAAUGGGCUCCCCAGUCUCCAUGGACCGUGCCCUUUUCCACAAUUACUCCCCUGAGAACUUCCAGAAGGAAUGCAGGAGGAUUCUGGAGCAGCUGCAGGAGAGGAGUGCUUUUUCCGUGGCGCGGAGUGUGGCAGAGCUGGCGGGGCUUCCUGUGGACAACGUGGUCAUCCAGGAGGCCUUCCAGAGCAUUGAGCAUCUCAAACAGAUUGGCCACUGGGCCCAGGAGCGGACGAGGGCUGAGUUCUGGAAGAAGUGCCACGAGAACUACGUGCAGAAUGCCAUCUCUACUGAGGCCGCAUCCGGCUUCUUCCUGGCGCAGGCUGACAGCGUGGUGGAGUCCUCCGAGGGCGAGCAGUGCUGCGUCCUGCUGGAGAGGCAGCUCCUGCUGACCCUGGCCGGUCACUGGUUGGCCAGGGGUGACCCCAUUCCGCUCGAUGGCCUAGAGCGCAUCGAGAAGGAGAUCUGGCUCUGCUGUGUCUCCCAGCAGACCUUGAGGCGGAGCGUGGGGCAGGCACCGGACGACACCUUUUCCACCCCAGUUUUGGCCACUGGUGAGCUGUCCUUUGGCUCCUUGGCCAGGGAGUUCUCCUUCUCCAAGAUGGCCGCUUUGAAUACUCUGGCAUACCUCCGGCUGGAGGGCCUGCCUCUCCCGGGAGCCUCUCCUGACCCAGUUCUGGGGGAGGAAGGGCAGGCGCUGGACUUCCUUAUCGGCCGACUACUAGACGAGGGCUCCGUGCACGAGGCCAGCCGCGUCUGCCGCUACUUUGGCUUCUACAGCAGGGACGUGGCGAUUGUCCUCCACUGCCGCGCUCUGGCUUCCGAGGAAGGCCCCCAGGACUGGUUCCACCCAGAGAUCCAGGAGAUCCUUGGAGCGCUAGAGAAGGGAGAAAGCAAGGAGGAGAAGGAGGCAGCCCAGAAAAACCGGCCACAGAGCACCUCCAGCCUGGAGAGCUGGUCCUCUGUGGGAGCCUUGAGUGUGAAAGAUAGUGCAGUCGCAGCAGGCCUGCAGGCCCUGACAGCCGAAAGCGUCCAUGGGCGGAACUACUGCCGGCAGGUCCAAUGCCUCUACGAACUGGCCAAGGAGCUGGGCUGUUCCUUCAGCGACAUCUCCUCUCACGAUCCUGAGAGGCUCCUGCGCAUGAUCCUGUCCUCUCAGCGGCCAGAUCGGUGCCGCAGGGCCCAGGCCUUCAUCAGCGCCCAGGGGCUGAAGGCAGAGGAUGUGGCAGCGCUUGUGGCAGAGGAGGUCCUGCGGGAGCUGCUGGCACCUUCGCUCCAGAAAGACAUUAGUCAAAAACAAGUCUUGAAUCCCGCAGAGGAGAGCAAGACCUUCCUGCAACUGGCCAAACUCUGCCCAGACCGCACUCUGGUUGGCAUGAAACUUCUGGAUAAAAUUGCACUGGUGCCACCCGGGGAGCUCGCCUGCACCACAGAGCUCCUGAUCCUGGCCCACAACUGCUUCAGCUUGACCUGCCACAUGGAAGGGAUCACGCGCGUCCUCCAGGCUGCAAGGCUGCUCACCGAGGAACACUUGGCGCCCAGCGAAGAGUACGGCCUUGUGGUCCGUCUCCUCACCGGCAUCGGCAGGUACAAUGAGAUGACCUACAUCUUUGACCUGCUACAUGACAAGCAUCACUUUGAGGUGCUGAUGAGGAAAAAGCUGGAUCCGAGCGGGACCCUCAAGACGGCGCUGCUGGACUACAUCAAGCGCUGCCGCCCCGGAGACAGCGAGAAGCACAACAUGAUCGCGCUCUGCUUCAGCAUGUGCCGGGAGAUUGGGGAGAACCACGAGGCAGCGGCCCACAUCCAGCUGAAGCUCAUUGAGUCUCAGCCCUGGGAGGAGUGCCUCCAGAACGUGCCAGGCCUGAAGAAGCUCCUGAUGAAAGCCCUGACGCUCUUCAUCGAUGCCGCUGAAAGCUAUUCCAAGGACUUCUGUGUGCGCCAAUCCUUACGCUGCAGCCGCCUGACCAAACUCAUUACGCUGCAGCUGCACUUCCUCAACACCGGCCAGAGCACCAAGCUGAUCAACCUGAGGAGGAAGAGCCUGCUGGAGUGCAUCAUGGCCCUGCCCAGGUUCUACCAGGCGGCCAUUGUGGCCGAGGCCUAUGACUUUGUUCCAGAUUGGGCAGAAGUCCUCUGUCAGCAUGUGAUCCUGAAGGGCGACUUCAACUACCUGGCAGAGUACAAGCAGCGGGGACUGCUCAAGGCCAGCACCAUUGAGGAGAUUGCCUGCAAGUCCAAGCAGCACCCAGGCAGUGAGGCAGCCCUGCGGAACCUGAAAAAGCUGCUGACCUACUGCGACGACAUCUACGUCUACUACAAGCUGGCCUACGACAACCAGUUCUACGACGUGGUGAACAUGCUCCUCAAGGACGCCCAGACCGGCUGCUGCCUGAAUGACCUCCUGGCAAACUAGGCUGCUGGGUGGAAGAGCUGGACUAGAACGCAGCUGCUGGGUGAGCUGCUGAGGUUUUCAGUGUCUGAAAGAGACCAAUCACGCUGCAGCGGUCGUCCCCAUUUCAUGGAUUGCUGUAAGCAGCAAGGAAGAGGUUUAUUAACCAGUUGGGGAAAACCAAUGUUUGUAUGUCUUCAUAUUGGAGCUCCUUUUGCGCAACCCCAAAAGGAAGAAGGCCUGCAGCUGUAUUUCAAAAAGGAGUAGUGCACUUUAUCUUCAGGAACUGUAUUUUGCCCUCACAGUGCAAAUACACCUAAAUAUAGACACAAAAGGACGGCUUGCUUGGUGUUUGUUCAGUGUUAAUCAUGGACCUAUUAAAACAGAACAUUUGUAGGA